AUGGAAAUUGGUGAUACGAACAGUACUGACGCAUUUGCGGACGCCGACCCGCGUCGGUUGUCCCAAAAUCGUAUCAACGGUGCAGCGAUCCAGCCUAACGCGCAAGGCGUUUUCGUACCGCAAGAUACGGCGUUCCAAGCCCAGCGAGACGGACCGUCGGGUCAACGUACGGCGUACAUCCAGCAGCCAUCGCAACCACCAGCAGCGUCGCCAUCGCAGUUCGGCGCGUCCCCAGCCAUGAUGACCAGCCCGGACAACGCAACGAUUGUGCAAAUGCUGAAUUUAAUUCAGCAACAAAUGGCCCAGCAGCAACAAUUUGUUAACGAAUUUUUGCAUCAGCGGUUGCUACAUCAAAACGUCGCACCACCCAGUCUGCAUCCAGAACAAAUAAUCGAUUCGCUUUCUCGUCACAUUGCAGAAUUCCGAUACGAGAAAGAGGCAGGAAUCACAUUUAAACAAUGGUACGCGAGGUAUGCUGAUCUAUUUCAGAACGACACCGCGCGAAUCGAUGCCCCUGCCAAGGUUCGAUUGAUGUUGCGGAAACUGGGAACGGCCGAGCACGAUCGGUUCCUGUCCUUCAUCCUGCCCCAUCGUCCGUCUGACUUCUCGUUUGAGGAAACAGUGGAGAAACUGUCAGCGCUUUUCGACGACCAGGAAACUCUGCUCAGCAAGCGUUUUAAAUGCCUCCAGAUAACCAAGAAGCGGACGGAGGACCACUUGGUCUACGCAUGUCGUAUCAACAAAUCUUCGGUGGAUUUUGAGCUUGGCAAGCUCACCGAAGAGGAUUUCAAGUGUUUGUUGUUCGUGUGUGGCCUGAGGGACGAGGGCGAAGCUGACCUUAGAACGCGACUUCUGGCCCGUAUUGAGGAUCGAACCUGCACUUCCCUUCAGCAGCUGUCCACCGAGUGUCACCGAUACGCCACCUAA